UUAAAAAAAAAAGCCAAGUCCCGCGUCAUCAUCGUGCGCCUCCUAUCGAUGGCCAUGACGGGCUACUUCUAUACCUUUACGCGGCCCAGAGUAGCGCGGCCGAUGAGCCUACUCAAAUAUGACCCGAUCGUGCGAAGGAGAGUCCUAUUCCUCGAGUCAAAGAAAAAGUUCACUGGUGGCAGGUGA